AUGAAGGGAAAACAGCCCGCCUUGCGCCUGACGAAUGUUGAAGAUGGAGAAACCGUUCACCAGCGCUGUCUUCUAGUCACGGGAGACUGCCAGUCCAUGGGGCCGGAAGACUUUAUUUCGGUAAAGACUACUGAUGCACACGACUUUGAAUUGUUCCCCGAACAGACAUGGCCGGUUCACAGUGGCCACUUCAAGGCCUUGGUAAUGCUAUCCCCUGGAACCAACAUAAUCCAAAUACUCCAUACCCAAGAGAACGAGCAAGAGACCUCUUUGAAGAUAAAUCUCCAGUACAUACCGUUACUCCAGUACCCACCCCUCCACCUGGCGAUCAUGGUAGCCAAUGACUCGCCGCUCUUCAUGGAUUGCCCACCUCAGAAAGCUGGCGGGUAUGCUUCAGCUCAUUCCGAUCUAUCCGCUGCAAUCGAGAAGUUUCGCAUGACCGCUUACAUGUGGCAAGCUGUGACUGCUGAAGACUUCAGAGCCAAAGGACUCGGGAGAAGGACCUUCCGCUUGGAGGAGGAGUGGACUGCUGAUACAGUCAGUCGAAAUUUCGCUACUACUCGGCAGACUGAAAAUCGCGCUUGCGAGUCUGCGGAUACCAUACGAUCGACGGCCAAGGUCACCGUUGUAAAGUCUUCACAGACAAAGCAGCAGAUUUUGUCUGCCAAAGGCCCCAGCCCGAGGCUGUUCAAUAUGUUCAUGGAUGCACUUGCUGAACAUGGUGGCCAAUUCGACCCUUCGUCUUGCCCUGUUGUGGCAGGCUUGAUCUUGGACACGCAUCACAACGAACGUACGAAUCAAACAUUUGGACAUGUCACUACCGGGUGCCAUGACCCUUCUGGGAUAUCGCUGGGCACUUUUGGCAGCCACCUGACGUACUCCUGGCCUCGAUCUACAGAAGAGAUCGCCAGCUGCCUGAUUGAUGCUCGGAUGCUUGGCCCCAAGACUUCGAAGAACAGGUCCGCGAUCUGGGAGUUAUGCGCAUUUGGACAAUCCUCCUUUUUCUCAGCUGUUGGCCUUGCCUUGGGCGUCGAUGAAGGCUCUCAAAAAAAGGAACGUCAAAGUAUCGUGGCGCAAGACUGGCGAAAACAGUUCAUGCCCGAUGUAACAACUGCAGGGUCAUCUAAAGACACAGGGACGGUUAGCCAUACGACUAUGUCUCUCAAAGAUGCAUUGCAAAUUCAACACUCACGACACUUCCUCUUACCUACAGACAAGAGGUUUACUGAUAAACAGCGUGCUGCUGAGCCGGUGGCUGAGGCCAAGUUCAUGGACAAUGAACGAGGCGAGCUUGACGUACUCUUGCGUAUAUCAUCUGAUAUUGGCAUUGCACGUAUCUCAUUCAAUGGGGUACCGGAGGCUAGUCCUUCUAUUGAGUCGCCCACCAGUGAACGCAUUUACUCUCAGGACGAGCUUGACCAACGAUUUAAUAGAUCUCAGCCCCUACAACUUCACAUACAUGGCUUCAAUGGUAAGGAGCUGACCGUCGACGACGUGUGGGCGACGUUGAGAGUCAAGUCCUUCGUCCGCAUACCUGGAAGCCCCAUUCGUCUUUACAAACGCUCCGUCUACUGCGACUUUGUCGAGCGAAAUUCACCUGACCAAAUGUAUGAGUGGGCACAACUCCUCAAGGAACGUGGGCCAGAUGGCAAUCUCCACCGCGCGACUUCGAUCGACCUUCGCGUCGGCAGCUGGUGGGACGGUGGCGUGGUUGAAUACGCAGACGGUCACAAGAGUCACUGGGGACCAAUGCGCACAUACGAUCGCGAACACGAAUUUGGUGGCCACGCCUCGGAAUCCAUCACCUUACCCCCUCACGUGAACAUCCGGCGCAUCGAGGUCAACAGGGGUAAUGAUAGCCAGAAUCUGCAGGGCAUUCGGAUGCGUCUUACAAACAGCACUGUGCGCGGGGAGCUGAAUGCUACGCGCGACAACGACGGCAAUAUCGUUCGCUUGGAGCCCGCAUCGCACGAGGUCAUUGUUGGAUUCUAUGGCAGGAGUGGACGGGACUGUCAUUACAUGAAGGAAUUUGGAAUCAUCACUGUGGCGAAGGACGUUGGACUGGAUGGGCUUCCCGAUGCGGUGUACGAUUUGUCAGAGCUCAGAAACACCGUUGGUAUGGGACAAGAUGAGGGUGGCAACGACACCAGUGCUGAAGAAGGGAACGAGUAA